CUUCGGUUAGGUAUUAGUCUACAACUUGUUUUUUCUUACCUUCCCCCACAGAGAAAUUUUUCUUCACCACCACGGGGUUCGAAUCCAUCACUGCAAAUUUUUGAAUUACCAAGGAUACUGUCGUUUUACGCUGUGUCUUUCACUGGUAAACAAUGCGAAAAAGUUCUUUGAACAAUUUCGCAACUUCUCAAAAUCUGUUUCAAUUUCCUUCUGUCGAUUUUGAGCACAUAACGGAAAGUGCUAUAAAAAACAGCACUUCUUCCAUCCAUUUAGCUCCUACGGAGCCUAUAUCCUCUAAUCAAAAGCAAGAAAACGAUCUUUCCUCUGAAUCCAAGUUAGAUCCUUUACAUCCCAAACCCAGCUUUGGCAGAAAUCUACUUACUAAUGAAACCAUUCAAAACUCACACGAACCUUCAGAAGAUUCUUUUACGUUAGGUCUAGCCUAUAUAAGUGAGCUUUAUGCCUCUACGAAACAUUUAGGUGCUUCCAAAAUCUUGCCACCUUCCGGCUGGUCAUGUCCUUUCACCAUAGACCCCACAACGCUGAAGUUUGUGUGCAAGAAUAAUAGACCUUCCUCUCGUUCUGUUUUGACCCCCGUUCUUUCCAAGGAACAUAAAUCACCCUCUGCAAUUCCACUAUCGGAGGAAAAACGAAUCGCCGACCGAUCUGACUCGGUGGUUCUCUCUUUCAUUUUCGUUUUAGGAAAACAGGUCGACCUUUUGCAAUUAAAGCAAUGGCUACAAUUCUCACAAAAGCUUGAUAUGCCAAAAUAUGAGUUUUGGUCUCAAGCAGCUCAGUUUUAUAAAUUAGAUGUUAAUAGUUUGGAAACGGCUUAUUCCACUUACGAGUCCUCUGAUACCCAAAAUGUCACGAAUGGUGCAGGAUUUUCUCGUUCUCCUAUUACUCGUCCUGCUAAACGUGCACGUCGACAAUUGCAAGGUCCAAAGUGUAAGGUCUGUGACCAAGAAGGCUCUUCCUUUGUCACUUGUUAUAUUUGUCAAGCCAGCUAUCAUUAUUCGUGCGUAGAAGCCCCUUUUGCCCCCUUUACCAAUAUCCACUAUUUCACCUGUAACCGUUGUAUUCCCGAUAAUCUAAAGCUUUCCUGGAAGGACGUUGAUUAUCACUGCAUCUCUUCAUUCCUUGACUCCAACUCCAAUUUGGAAUCCUCUCUUUCUUCUUCCGUUUCUUCUUUCCAUAACCAAUUUUCACCUUCGUAUAUCCACGAAUUAAACAAUUGCAUCCCCUCAUCGAAAUCACAAGCUUCGGCACGAAAAACUCGUUCUUCCAAAACCAAUGAUGACUCAUCCUCAUCCUCGUCCUUUCCUUUUGCUUUAUUAAACCCAGAAUCCCAUUAUACCUAUCUUUCCCGUUUGUCCCCUUUAGAGCAGUACUUUUGGUCUUCUUCUUUUUACACAAAUUCUUCUACAUUUGAAACAUCUGACCAACCAUUAGUAGGCAUUUGCAAAAACAAAACUGCCUUCCCAACAAAUCGGCAAAGUCCUUACUACAAUGAUCCUUGGAACCUUCCUUUCCUUCAAUUUGCAAAAUUAUCCCCUUUAAAAUUCACUCCUCCUGAAAUUUUAACCCCCACUGUUGAGUUUGGACAAUUGUCGACCUGUGUUGGCUGGAAAAGAAAUACAAUGUCUCUCUUUGGUUUACAUUAUCACCACUGUGGAUCCCCAAAGACUUGGUAUGUUAUACCCGCCGAGGAAACCGCAAAGUACGAAAAGUUGCUGUUAGAACUCCUGCCUGCAUCGUUAAAGGAACAGCCAGAAACGACAAAGAACUCUUCAUUUCUUCUUCCUCUUCAGGUUAUCUUGGCCAAUGGAAUUAAUGUGAAUACAUUUUUACAAUAUCCGAAUGAAUUUGUAAUUACGUUUCCUGAUGCCAUAUAUACAUCCUUGGAUCAUGGGUUUAAUAUUCAUGAAUCUAUCCCGUUCGCUGCUAAAGAAUGGAUCACCGAUAAGUAUGCUCAGCAAUCAUUUCAAACUUACAAAGAUCUUUGCAUACCUACCCCUUUUUCUUAUGACCAUAUAUUGUUAGCAAACGCUACUGUAGAUAAAACAGUCCAUUCAGCUUAUUGGCUUAUGACAUGCUUGAGGGAACGGAUAGACGAUGAGCUAAAGUUGCGGAACAACUUUCGAAAAAAAUUCGCUUCCCUUCCCUGGGUACCCGUUCCUUUAGAAUCAUCUGUUAUGGCCUGUAGUCACUGUAAAACCUUUGCUUAUAUGGUUGCUGUUGGGAUUAACAAGUCGAAUCAAACCUUCUGUUUACUGCAUGCUGGCCAGAAUUUGAAUACGAAGAAUAAUGACUUAACAAUUAGCGUUCGAUAUAAUGAUGGAGCUUUGUCUGAAGCUUAUAAUGCUGUUGUCGAACGAGCCAAAAAAGCCGAAGUAUGGUUAGACAAAUAUCGAGAAGUUUUCUCCACUGCUCGUCCUAGCUUAAAGGUUCUCAAAAAUUUAUACAAUGAAGCUGAUACUUUAUCUUGCCCUAUACAGGAAGUGGAAGAACUUCGGUCGUUUGUUCAAAUGGGUCAAAAUUGGUUGGAAAAAGCUUCUGUCGUUCUGAAAAGAAAAGCUCCCUUAAAAAAGGAUAAAAGAAAAAUGAAAAAGAGUACCAAUGAAAGUCCUUCAGAUGAUGGAGUUUCAUCUCCAGCCCUAAAAUAUAAUGAGUCAGAUAUAUUGAUAGAACUCGUUGAAGAAGGAUGUAAAUUUCCUUUCGAAAUUCAAGAAAUGGAACUUCUUCAUGAAAAGCUAAACCAAUUAAGGUCUUACCAAGAAAAGGCGAAAUCGGUAAGGAAUCAGCAACUCACAUACGACAUAUGCUUAAAUAUGGUUAAUGAAGGAAAAGAGAUUCAAAUUGAAACGCCUGAAUUAGAGUUUUUUGAGAAGCAAUUAUCUUAUACGACUUGGACAAAAAGUUUUAAAGAAAUUGUUAAUAGAGAAGAUUUUGCUUUAGAAGAAUUGGUUGAUUUAAUCAAUCGAGGAAAUGAAAUUGGAAUACCCACCGACAGUGAAGAAAUGGCCCAAGCUUUAUUUAUGAAGGAUAAAUCUGAACGAUGGAAUAAACAAGUCGAAACUUUUCUAACCCAAGAAACUACGCCUACUCAAAAAUUAGUGGAAUUAAAAAACGAAGCAAAGCAAUUGUGCGUGGACAAGAACCUAAAAGAUCGCCUUAACGAAGUUUUGUUCAAGUCUGUGUCAUCUCAUGAUCGGUUAGUUUCUUUGAUAGCCGGCUCUGAAAAUGCCGAUUUUGAAAAACGACCUACUGUUGAUGAAGCGCGGAACAUCUUGAACGAAGCGGAAGCUCUAUCUAGUAAGCCCGAAGAGUUUGUUACCGCCCAAAAGCUUGUUACGAAAACGCUUGAAUGGGUCCGUAAGGGUAAGCGAUUGUUUGGUAAAGCAAAUGCUCCUCUAGAAAUUUUUAAUCAACACCUUGAAUUUGUUGACCAGAAGAAUUCGAGCGCAAUGAUUGAUGAAGGCACAGAUGCUCAUUUACAUGUUGGUAAUGAAUACUAUAUUGUGGCCGGAUCUAAUCCUUUGGAUUUUCAUUACUGUUUCUGUAGAUUACCUGAGUCUGGUAUGAUGAUCGAGUGCGAAGUUUGUCAUGAAUGGUAUCACGCCAAAUGUAUGAAAAUGUCAAAGAAAAAACUUCGAGCUAAUGAAAAGUUCGUUUGUCCUAUAUGCGAUUAUCGUGUUGAAAUACCCCGUCAUUCCCAUCGUCCACCAUUAAUAGAACUUCAGCAAAUGGUUUCUGAUAUUCCUAGUCUUCCUUUUCAGCCUGGUGAAGUGGAUUUACUGAAACGGGUUGUACACGAUGCGGUUAAUUUUCGUGAUCUCAUACAAAAUACUAUUCAGGAUCCCUCGAGGCUUUCUUUUGAAGAUAUCCCUAUUAUUCGCUUCUUUCUAAGGAAGUUAGAGGGUGUAGAAAUAUUGUAUACAGAGGAGAUAAAUGUUUUCCGACAAAAAUUACAUGAAUUAUUACCAAUUGCUCCUGUUCCUCCUCCGUUUAUUGGCGAGAGUCGCUCUAACAGAAAACCACGGCCCACAAAGCGUCAGCGAGAAAUUAUGGACCAAGUUGAAAGUGGGAAGUUAACCUCUGCGGAGGGUGCUGCCGCGAUAGCUGCUACCCAAAUACGCAAUCAGACCAACUCGGUAACAAGAAAUCAGAAUGUUCAUACUCUGAGCACUACUUUAUCGCCUUGGGCUAUGAAAAGUUUAGCUGAAGCUGUUUUGAGUUCGGCACCUUUACCAGCAGCUGACUCACUGGUUAACGAACCAAAGUUGAUACAAACUCCAGAUGCUAUAUCUCCUGAUAUCACUAAAUUUACUGAUUUUAAUUUGAUGGAAAAUAUCGAAGCUCCAAUUACACCAACCUCAGUAGUGGAUGAUCAAAAUUCGACUGUUGUUUGUUUGUGUAAGCAACCUUUUGCUAUUUCAGAUGGAAUGGUACAAUGCCACACUUGUUCUGAAUGGUAUCAUUACGAUUGCGUUGGUCUUUCCUCGGAAAUAGUUAGUACUUUAUCAACCUAUAUAUGUCCCGAAUGCUGCAGCAAACAGGGUAAGUUAUAUCCAUUCAAUACUCGUCCUCGUUCUGUACCCUCUUUGUGGGCUUCCCAGACAUACCCCCCUAGUGUCCUUCAAGGGACAACCGAGAACUUCUCAACGUUGAAUAAAGCAUUUACAACUUCUGCGAAUCUUUUCGAUAUGUUGACUCCGAUGGAUACAACGUCGUAUAGCUCAAAGGUUGACUACUUUCUCGAGGAUAAAAAGCCGGAUCUUUUUACAGAAACUUACCUCAGCAUGUAGCAUUUUGGGCUUAUGUUUAUUUAUCAUGUUGAUUCAACUUUUUCUAUGACUAUAACGGUAUAUGAUGGCGAUUUCUUUUUAUUUACUUUAGCUAGAACAGACUAAAGUCUAACGAACUUAAUACUAAUGUGUAUAUUAUUUGUU